UUCAUGUUCUUGACUUGACUGGUAGGCGUACUUUACUUUUGUGAGAAUUGUGUUGGAUGUUUUCUAGAUAUAAAAAAUGCUGAUGGGAACUUAACUAUGUCGGCACCUUUGGGUGGUUUUUGUUGUAUGUGCCAAACAAGAUGGAGGAUAACAGGGAGCCUCUGUUGAAGAAGAAGAAGGUUUAUUACCAUGACAAUUGCCCUGGUUGUAAGGUUGACCAGCUAAAGAACACCAACCCAGGUCUUCCGUACAAGCAUUUGUUUUAUGUGUGGAUUGUGGUGCUUUCUGCAGCUUUGCCAAUAUCAUCACUUUUUCCUUUCCUUUAUUUCAUGAUAAGGGACUUCCGUAUUGCGAAAAAGGAAAAGGAUAUUGGCUACUAUGCUGGUUAUGUGGGAUCUUCGUUUAUGCUUGGAAGAGCUUUGACUUCUGUGUUGUGGGGAGUGGUUGCUGAUCGGUAUGGUCGGAAGCCUGUGAUAAUGAUUGGUACAAUUGCAGUGGUCAUUUUCAACACUCUCUUUGGCCUAAGCACGGACUUUUGGAUGGCAUUUGUGACGAGGUUUCUUCUUGGAAGUUUUUGCGGUAUUCUUGGCCCAAUGAGGGCAUAUGCUUCAGAAGUUUGCCAAGAACAAUAUCAAGCUUUGGGAAUGUCAAUUAUCAGCACAUCCUGGGGCGUUGGAUUGGUCAUUGGUCCAGCUCUUGGUGGUUUUCUUGCACAGCCGGCAGAGAAAUAUCCAAAUAUAUUUUCCAAAGAAUCCCUUCUUGGAAGGUUUCCAUACCUGCUGCCCUGCCUUUUGAUAUCAGCGUUUGCAUUGGGCGUGUUUGUUGUUUGUUUUUGGAUCCCGGAAACACUGCAUUUGCAUGACCGAAACAAUAACGAAGGAGAUGAGUCUUAUGAAGCACUUGAAGCCACAUCAAAUGGUUUUAAUGUGAAAGAGAUAAACCAAAAAAUGGAUGGGAGAGGUCAAAAUCCUGAAGAAAGCCUUUUAAAAAAUUGGCCCUUAAUGUCAUGCAUCAUUGUAUACUGUGUUUUCCAGCUCCAUGAUAUGGCCUAUGCAGAGAUAUUUUCAUUAUGGGCUAUUAGUUCGAGAAAGUAUGGAGGAUUGAGCUAUACAACUGCAGAUGUUGGUGAAGUUCUUUCUAUUUCAGGCUUUGGCUUGUUGAUCUUUCAACUAUUUUUGUACCCAUUGGUGGAAAGAAUUCUUGGGCCUAUCACUGUAUCUCGCAUUGGAGCAGUUUUAACCAUACCAUUACUGUCAAGCUACCCCUUCAUAGCUAUGUUAUCUGGCUUCAGCCUCUCACUGUUGAUCAAUUGUGCAUCACUAAUGAAGAAUGUGUUAUCAGUAUCCAUUACUACUGGAUUAUUUCUUUUGCAAAACAGAGCUGUGAGCCAAAAACAAAGAGGAGCUGCAAAUGGCAUUUCUUUGUGUGCUAUGUCUCUCUUCAAAGCAAUUGGUCCAGCUGCAGGAGGUUCACUCUUUUCUUGGGCACAAAAGCGUCAGAAUGCUUCUUUACUUCCAGGUGAUCAGAUAAUUUUCUUCACCCUAAACAUGAUUGUGGGGACUGGACUGCUAAUGACCUUCAGACCUUUUCUAGCUGUACCAGAUGUGAACUUGAACUCAAACUCCUUGUUAUCCCAGAGUAGGCUUUCAGACACAUUGGAGCAUUAAAAAAUAGAGACUAUUUUCUCUCUCUCUCUCUCUGGCAUGAGCACAGCUUGAAUAACUUGCCUUGAAAUUCUAUUUGUUUAUUUGUCAACUGGAAAUGGGAAAGUGCAUUGUUUGUGGUA